AUGGCAGACUUCGAAACCCUCAUCCAAGACGCCGUUGCAGCGCAAGAAAUUCCUGGAUGUGCUCUAGCAGCCACAAACCGUGAUGGUUCUUUCACGUACUCCAAAGCCUUCGGCAGCACAUCAAUGAACUCCACCACCGCCAAACCCUUCGACCUAAACACCAUAAUGUGGGUUGCGUCCUGCACCAAACUCAUGACAUCCAUCUGCGCCAUGCAGCUUGUAGAACGCGGGAAACUUACGCUCGACGAACCUGUUUACCGGAUUAUCCCGGAGCUAGAAGAGUUCAAGGUGUUGACUGGGUUUACUGAAGAGGGUGCGCCUAUUGAGGAAAAGCACAAGCAACCGAUUACGUUGAAGAAACUGUUGACGCACUCAAGUGGUCUGACAUAUGAGGGCAUGCAUCCGAAAUCCCUAGCAUAUCUCAAGUAUCAUGGUAAAAGGCCGAGCCAAAGUGGGAAAUUACUAGAACGGUUUUCCGCCACGCCGCUGAUGUUUGAGCCGGGGGAGAGUUGGACGUAUGGUCCUGGUAUUGAUUUCGCUGGACUAUUGGUUGAGCGUAUCUCUGGCAUGACGCUCGAAGAUUACAUGAAAGAGAACCUUUGGGGGCCGUGCGGUGUGAAGGAUGUUACGUUUUUUCCUUCGACGCGGCCGGAUCUCAAGGCUAGGAUGGCGGAUAUGUCGGAAAGGACGGCAGAGGGCAAGGUAAAGCAUAGUGAUGCGCCGAUGCCGUAUCUGGAUGGUGAUGGCAAGGAAGUAAGGGAUUGUAUGGGGGGCCAGGGGAGCUUCACUUGUGCUGGUGAGUACGUGAAGGUUUUGAAGGGGGUAUUGGAUGGAUCGGUGUUGUCGGAGGAGAGCUUGAAUGAGCUUUUUAAGCCUCAGCUGGGAGAGGGGAGUCGCGAGAUGUUGAAUGCUGUUGUACAGGAUGAUAUGGCCAACAAUGCAAUGGGCGGCACCCCCAAACACAUUUCCAAAGACUAUGGUCUCGGCGGUGUGGUCAUCACCUCCGAUACACCCGAUGGGAAGAAGGCUGGGACUAUGUUCUGGGGCGGCUAUCCCAAUCUUAUCUGGUGGGUUGAUCGUAAGACAGGGCUUUGUGGGAUAUAUGCCGGACAAGUGGUGCCACCUGGUGAUCCGACUGUCGCAGCGCUGACGAGGAAGUGGGAGGAGGGGGUUUAUAGGUUGUUUGAGAGGUAUCUGCAGGAGAAGGAGGGUGGGUCUAGGCUGUAG